AUGAAGGAAAUCAAAGCUCGCGGCGGACGUAAAACGAACUUCGGCAAGGCAGCCCAUCGAAUGAGAGUGCAGAGAAUUGCCACUGAGGGGCGUGAGGCGGAGGACGCGCUGAUGAGAG